UUUUUUACAUGUUCUCAUAUUGAUAGUAGUUCACUUUCAGCUUCAAGUGGAAACUCCAUGGUACAGGGCACCCGAACUCAUGCUUGGUGAGCUGAAUUACUCCUCACCAGUUGAUGUGUGGUCUGUGGGUUGUCUAUUUGCUGAGAUGGUGACUCAACAGCCUCUGUUUGCUACUACGUCACAGGUUGAACAACUGCGGAGAAUUUUCAGCAUUAUGGGCAAGCCAACUGAAGAAACCUGGCCUGGAGUGACUUCAUUAUGUCCAUAUCUAGAAAAUUUUGCCGUGAAUGAACCCAAGAACCUGGCUGAUGAAGUGCCUGGUCUUGAACCAGAUGGAGUUGAUCUUCUUUCUGAAAUGCUGUGCUUGAAUCCAGGAGAUAGAAUUACUGCUUCUGAGGCUCUAACUCACCCAUACUUAACAAUAUAUGAUUCUGGAUCAUCAUCACCAUCACCACCACCACCACCACCACCAUUAUCGUCAUUACUGCCAUCAUCAUCAUCAUGAUUCUGUGUCAUAUUGACAAUGUGCAGUGUUUUUGUGUGUUUUACUUUGAGAAAGAAUGUAUAUGCUUUCAUUCAUUCUGUACAUUACUUUCUCUCUCUCUCUCCCUCUCCCCUCUUUCUAGAUCUGCCUCUGAAGAAUACUUUUUCUGCACUUUUACUUGUAGAUCAGCAUUACUUUGUCUGCAAUAUAUCUUUUAAUGGGCUCUUUUGCUUCUGUUCUCUUCAAUUGGAAAGAAAUAAACAGUUUGAUAUUGUUGGUU